AUGAAUCGGUGGUCAGUCUUAUUAACUUUUCUCUGUAGUAUUAGUGGCUAUGUUUCUUAUGCUCUUCUCAAUCCAUACCCAGAAAUUAGAUCUACGCCAUUCAAUGGAGACGCAGGAGAACCACUCUUCCUGACUCCCUACAUCGAAGGAGGUAAGAUACAAGAAGGACAGGCGGCCGCAGAGGUAAAACUGCCGGGCACCAACGUCAUCAGCUACAGUGGCUACCUCACCGUCAAUAAGACCUUCAAUUCAAAUCUCUUCUUCUGGUUCUUCCCAUCUGAAAAAGACCCCAAGAACGCACCAGUAGUCCUUUGGUUACAGGGAGGACCCGGAGGCUCUUCUCUCUUCGGACUCUUCUGUGAAAAUGGUCCAUUCUUCGUCGAUAAAAACAUAACCUUGAAAGAACGGCAAUACUCCUGGUCUCGAUUGUUCAACGUAAUCUAUAUCGAUAACCCGGUCGGGACUGGAUUCAGCUUCACUGAUAAUGAUGCUGGGUAUGCGACUGACCAAGUCAAGGUAGGGAAUGAUCUUUAUUCUGCUUUGUUACAGUUCUUUCAGUUGUUUCCGCAUUUACAAAAGAACGAAUUCUACAUAAGUGGUGAGUCCUACGCUGGAAAGUUUGUCCCCGCAAUCGGUUAUACGAUCCACAACAACAACAAAAUAAACAAACAAAAUAUUAACCUGAAAGGUUUAGCAAUUGGUAAUGGGUUUACUGAUCCAGAGAAUAUGAUGGUCUAUUCAGAUUUUCUCUUUCAGCUUGGAUUAGUUGAUUCUAAUACCAGAGACAUGUUUAAACAAAAAGAAGCUAAAACAGUAGAACAUAUCAAACAACAACGGUAUAGUGAGGCUUUAGGCACAUAUUUAGAAAUUUUUGGUUCACUUAGCCCUGGUAUAAACGCAUAUAACUAUGUUCAAAUCGGUUCCUUUAUUCCAAGAGAAUUUUUAGUAUAUCUGCAGACAGGCGUAGUGAGGAAAAGCAUACAUGUCGGAAGCCGCAUAUACCAUAACGAUUCUAAAGUUAAAAAGUUUCUUAGUCAUGACAUCAUGCGAUCAGUCAAGCCGUGGGUCGAAGUAUUAUUAGAUCAUUACAGAGUAAUGUUUUAUAACGGCCAGUUGGAUAUAUCCGUGGCAUAUCCACUGACAGCGAACUUUUUACCCAAACUGAAUUGGACCGGCUCUGAGGAGUACAGAACUGCACCUAGGAAGGAAUGGAAGGUAGAAGGCGAACUGGCUGGGUUCUACAAGAUAUCCAAAGGGUUGACUGAAGUUCUGGUGAGGAAUGCAGGGCACAUGGUUCCUAUGGAUCAACCGAACUUUGGUGGUUAUGUUUCUUAUGUUCUUCUUAAUCCAUACCCGAAGAUUCCAUCCGUCCCAUUCAAUGGAAACGCAGGAAAACCGCUUUUCCUGACGCCUUACAUCGAAGGAGGUAGGAUCCAAGCAGGACAGGAGGCAGGGAAGGUAAAACUGCCUGGUACCAACGUCACCAGCUACAGUGGCUAUCUCACCGUCAACAAGAACUUCAACUCCAAUCUUUUCUUCUGGUACUUUCCUUCUGAGGCGGACCUGAAGAACGCGCCAGUAGUCCUUUGGCUCCAAGGAGGACCUGGAGGCUCUUCUCUCUUCGGACUCUUCUGUGAAAAUGGUCCAUUCUUCGUAGAUAAAAACCUAACCUUGAAAGAACGCCAAUACUCCUGGUCUCGAUUGUUCAACUUGUUUCCGUAUUUACAAAAGAAUGAAUUCUACAUAAGUGGUGAGUCCUACGCUGGAAAGUUUGUCCCCGCAAUUGGUUAUACGAUCCACAACAACAACAAAAUAAACAAACAUAAUAUUAACCUGAAAGGUUUAGCAAUUGGUAACGGAUUUACUGAUCCGGAGAACAUGAUGGUCUAUUCAGAUUUUCUCUUUCAGCUUGGAUUAGUUGAUUCUAACACCAGAGACAUGUUUAAACAAAAAGAAGCUAAAACAGUAGAACAUAUCAAACUACAACGGUAUAGUGCGGCUUUAGGAACAUAUUUAGAUAUUUUUGGUUCACUUAGUCCUGAUAUAAACGCAUAUAACUAUGUUCAAAUCGGUUUCUUUAUUCCAAGGGAAUUUAUUGUAUAUCUGCAGACAGACGUAGUGAGGAAAAGCAUACAUGUCGGAAGCCGCAUAUACCAUAACGAAUCUAAAGUUAAAAAGUUUCUUCGUAAUGACAUCAUGCGAUCAGUUAAACCGUGGGUCGAAGUAUUAUUAGAUCAUUACAGAGUAAUGUUUUAUAACGGCCAAUUGGAUAUAUCCGUGGCAUAUCCACUGACAGCGAACUUCUUACCCAAACUCAAUUGGACCGGCUCUGAGGACUACAGAACUGCACCAAGGAAGGAUUGGAAGGCAGAUGGCGAACUGGCUGGGUUCUACAAGAAGGCCAAAACGUUAACAGAAGUUCUGGUUAGAGAUGCAGGACACAUCGUCCCGAUGGAUCAACCGAAAUGUGCUUUUGAUUUAAUAACUCGAUUCAUUUACAACAAAUUUAAAUGA